UUUGCUAUAAUCCCGCCGCAAAAAACCCUGAAGCUCAACACACACACACUCUGGACGCGCUGGCUGCUCGGCUCGCAUCCUACUGCCUCCACACUUGAGACAUGUCAUCGGAGAAGCCCAGUAGAGGCCCAGGCCGACCCGUUGGGUCGACCACGAAGAACCCUAAUGCGAGAAAAACCGGACCAAAAGUAGGCUUGGGGCCGCCCGUGAUGGCCAACCCAUGGGCAAGACAGGCGCCUCCAGCAGCGGAGACAAGACAGGCGCCUCCAGCAGCGGAGGAAGGAGCUCACGGUGGGAGUGCCCAGGCUAUCAACCUUGCGGUAGGUGCGGUGGGUGCGCCUGAGUCGGCAGGAACAGCAGAAGGUGGUGUUUCACCAACGGUUGCC